GGACGACAAACAAGAGCAAUGGAGAGCUUGCUUCCGUUUCUCAUCUUGGCCCUAGGGGUCCUUGUCCAGCUUUGUUGCUGCAGUCCUCCGCCGGACCCGGUGGUCUGCACCCACGGCACGUCAAACUGCACGGUCACCAACACGUACGGCUCCUACACGGACCGCAGCAUCUGCCACGCCGCCAACAUCACCUACCCGCGCACCGAGCAGGAGCUCGUCGCAGCCGUGGCGGCGGCGGCCUCCGCGAAACGGAAGCUGAAGGUGGCCACCAAGCACUCGCACAGCAUCCCCAAGCUGUCUUGCCCGGGAGGCCGCGACGGCACAAUCAUAAGCACCGCGCGGCUGAACCGGACGGUGCACAUCGACGCCGCGAAGCGGCUUAUGACGGUGGAGAGCGGCAUGGUCCUCCGCGACCUCAUUGCGGCCGCCGCAGCGGCGGGGCUCGCUCUGCCGAACUCGCCCUACUGGUACGGCCUGUCCAUCGGUGGACUACUUGCCACGGGCGCGCACGGGAGCUCGCUGUGGGGCAAGGGAGGCGCCGUGCACGAGUACGUGGUCGGGCUGAGGAUCGUGACACCGGCGCCUGCGAGCCAGGGUUUCGCCAAGGUGAGGGAGCUGGGCGCCGACCACCCGGACCUGGACGCCGCCAAGGUCUCUCUUGGGGUCCUCGGCGUCAUCUCCCAGGUAACUCUGGCCUUGGAGCCCUUGUUCAAGCGGUCGGUGACGUACCUGAAGCGCGGCGACUCAGACUUGGCGGACCAAGUGGUUCCAUGGGGCCGCCUCCACGAGUUUGCCGACUUGACAUGGUAUCCGCAGCACGGCACGGUCAUGUACCGUCAGGACGACCGCGUUGACAUCUCCACGCCGGGCAAUGGCCUCAGCGACUACCUCACUUUGCGCACCAGUCCCAACCACGGGACCAUCGGCGUGAGAGUCGCCGAGGAGUCGAUGCAAAUGAAGAACGUCACCGACGUCGCCCGGUGCGCGGCGGCGCAGCUGCCGGUGUCCGUGCAGAAGCAGCAGGCCUUCGGCUUCACGAACGACGGCGUCUCCUUCACGGGGUACCCGGUGGUCGGGUACCAGCACCGCAUACAGGCGUCCGGCACCUGCAUCGACGGCCCGGAGGACGGCCUCCUAACCUCAUGCAUCUGGGACCCGCGCAUCCGUGGCUCCUUCUUCUACAACUCCGGCUUCAGCAUCGCGCUCUCCAAGGUGCCAGCGUUCGUCGCCGACGUGCAGCGGCUGAGGGACCUCAACCCGGACAUGUUCUGCACAGGCGUCGAUGGCAGGAUAGGCAUGAUGGGGCGCUACGUCAAGGCCUCCUCCGCUUACCUCGGCAAGGCCGAGGACUCGAUCGACCUGGACGUCCUCUUCUACCGUAGCCGCACCUACGGCAUCCCUCGUGUGUACGCCGACCUGGUGGACGAGAUCGAGCAGAUGGCGCUGAACAAGUACGGCGGCCUGCCGCACUGGGGCAAGAACCGCGACUUCGCGUUCGACGGUGCCAUCGCAAAGUACCCCAAAGCCGAUAAGUUUCUAUUGGUGAAGAACAGGUACGACCCCGACGGCCUCUUCUCCAGCGAGUGGAGCGACCAGGUGUUGGGCAUCCGCGGGAGACCCACCAUCGUCAAGAAGGGCUGCGCCAUCGAAGGACUCUGUGUCUGCUCCGACGACUCACACUGCGCACCGGAGCAGGGCUACUUCUGCCGGCCAGGAAAGGUGUACCAGGAAGCUAGAGUUUGUUCAACGGAAACUAAUGAUUGGUUCCUUUCAAAUAUGAGGAUCGUCUGUGAAAAUAGUCAAUAG